GAAAGGGCAGAAAUAGAUGCGAGAACGAACCGACCUAGCUUUGCGAGCCUUCACCCAUGUUCGACGUCUCUCCGAGCGACCACCUCGAUCACUUCCCUCUCUAUGUACUAUCAUACAUGCUACUUGCGUAUGCUUCAGGCUAAUGCAACCUCUUUUUCUGUCUAUGCGAGACGAUCGUUGAGACCACCGGCCUAUCACGCAUCGUUCACAGCCUCCCAUCGCCGCACGUAUUCCAGGGACAAAAGUCCGGCCGCUGUUGCUGCGAGCAUAAAGAGACUAUAUGAUGAUUACCAGCCCAUCAUUCAAGAGGCUCGCAAGAAAGGACUCGUGACUACACACCAGGCUUUUGUGUUCAAAAACAUCGAGCAAGGACGUGCCAAGACAUCGGACAAGAAAACUCUUCACCAAGCAUACCUGAGCUACCAAUGCAAAUUGACAGACGACCCGAUAACGCUAUUCCAUACUGUACGAACGCUGCUAGAUAAAAAGGAUGUAACCGACAAGUACGAAUCCUACGAGGAAAUACAGGCCAGACUACGGUCAUGCAGCUAUCGUAUGAACACCGUAGGGAGCUGGAACUUGCUUUUCGCCAAACUUUUACUUAUCAAAGGAGAGAGAGGAUCCAUCUCCAAGGUGACACGGGCAAGGAGGGAGAUGAUCAACUGUGGCAUCAAGCCGGACGUCUAUACAUAUAUGACCUUCUUUACUGGAUAUUUGGAAAGAGCUCGUAGGAUUCAGAGAGAACGUAAUGAAGAUCGACACGUUGUCAAAGCGGAGCAGAAAUUCCUCGCGAUCAAGGCAUCCGACGCCUACGUCUCCUUGGCGAACAGUAAGGCAAAUAGCCCGAUCAAACCAACGACAAUACUCUUAAACGCUGCGAUGAAUGUUGCGGCUGCCAUACCGGACAUGGACUGCCUUUGGCGCAUAUUGAAGUAUGUACCGGACGAGAAGGAGUGUGCACUCGAUCAUAUAUCAUAUGGCAUCAUCUUGAAAGCUCUUCAGAGAGAGACGACUAAGUCAGAGAUUGAACCUGCUAGAGGAGCAUGCAGCAGGAUAAAGAAAGACGAGGUUAUUGUGGUCGAAGAUCGCUGCCAGAAAGCCCUAGUGCAUGGCAAAAGUUUUUGGGCAGAUGUCUUGAGCAAAUGGCAAGAACGAAAGCUGGAAGUAGAUGUGAAGCUCAUCGUUGAUAUGGCCAGGCUUUUGCUCAAGAGUGAGGAUUCUGAUGACUGGCGCAGCGUUUUUGCGCUCCUUCGUCAGACCGUGGGAAUACCAUUGUUGGAUCACUCCUUGCAGACCACUGAGGAACAUAAACCCCGGAUGGGAUCUUUUGGCCCAGAGCCGUCGGAAAACAAUGCUCCUCGAGCUGAGACGGAAAACUUAUUCCAACCUGUGUUCCUCGAGGACGGCACCGCUCUUUCACUGGAUUUGAAAUCAUUGUCGACAGUCGACCUUAACCAGCUUCUAGUCUUGUUGUGCGAGACUUGCGAGAAGCUUGAGGAUCAUGCGACCGGGAAGCGGUAUACCGAGUUCUUCUUGAACGGGACUAAUUUCGAUAUGACACCGAAUGGAGAGAGCUUAACAAUGAUUAUACGACAGCAUCAAUUUGCACGCUCAGCCGAAGGGACCAGGGAGGCUUUAGACAAGUACUUGCCCGCUAUCGAAGAAGGCUCCUUCGAUCAUUCGUUAUUCCGCAAUGCAAUCAAGACUUGCACGCUCGCACACAGGGAUCCGUCAGUGAUUACGCAUGCAUCACAAAUUAUGAAAUAUAUGCUUCAGUACAGCAAGCCGUAUCCCGAUGUUUUUGCUUCCGUUGCCUACAGCAGACUAUUGAAGUCGCAGCCUGAGCGAAUUUGGAGCACAUCAGAUAUGGCCACCGCCAUACAGAUACUUUUUGCAAUCAUCAAGAAGUUUAACGCCAGCCUAAGGUUACGGAAAACUGACGAACUCCCUUUCGCUCACUUCGUAUCUUAUAGGCAAGCACGCGGCCCGAUAGAACAACAAGUACGGCUUUUCGUCCAAGACAUGAUUGAGCUAUUAGAAAACGCCCAACGUUUAAUUAAGACUGCGCAAUCUCACAAGCUUGCCCUUUCUGGUCCCAACAUUCCAAUUCCUGUGGAUCGCGCUUUCACCGAUGACAUAGAGUAUCUGCGAUCGAACCAAUUGGGGUUCAAGUUCCCUGAGGACAGAACCCAGGGUAACCCACGCGUCAAAUCCAAGCCCGCGUCCAACGAUAAGAAGCUUUCAUAUGUACCCAAAUCUGACACUAUAAGUGGCCGCCGACGCUUUGAGCAUGCCCGUCAGAAACAAAUUCAACCGACAAUCGGCCCACUUAGUCCUAUCGAACGGGCACACGCGCAUGCACGAGCUAGCAUAGAAGCCCUUGGCGGCUUGCCAAAUACUCCCAGCGGCAUUACUGGAACGGCUGCGACAAAGCUGCGGCGCCAAAUACGGUCGCAAGCCCGAAGACUACAAGGAGUUAAUGAGGAGGUCAAGGGCGGGAGUGAAAGUUAAUACAAGUUCGGGAAAGAGGAACGGAGAUGGCACAUCGUUGCCGGCUCGUCACCCAGAGGACCAUGGGGAGGUCGUUCCAUUGUAUUCUAAGGAGAUGGGAUCAUGGGUCAGGACUGCCAUCGAGCAUCGCAAGCAAUACAUCACUGAACGUGAUGGGAUCAAGCCAACCUUGACUGGCUAUGAGCAUGCG